AUGAGAAUGAACGAAUGGGCGGCUGUCAGUGAUUGUAGGGCAGGUAGCAGCAGCUCUUCGAUCCCGCAGCCCAGUCCAAAUGAUUGGCUCGUGGGUUUCCUGGCUCUGGCUCCUCCCUGCCGAGAAGCAGCAGGGAAACUCCAUGGUUACGUGACGUGGGUAUUUUGACCCACACUUUGAAGCAGAGUUUCAAAACAUCUGCGCUUCUUAAGCUCGACACACUGUGGACACAGAAGUAUCCAUAUUCCAUAGCUAUUGGUCCUCCCAGAUUCACCUGCAGUGCUCCACCCUGCUCAUCAGUAGUAGAUGAUACUCGUUGUUUCUCACUGACUGCAGUAACGAGUCGCCUGGAAAAUCAUUUAACUGCAAUGGAUCUUCUUGUGCUGCUGCUGCUGUGCACUGCUCCACUAAUCCGGGGCUACCGCUCAGGUCUGGUUAUAGACAGCUGUGAGGACAUGAAAUCCCACUACUCAGGGCUGAGCGCUCAAACGGCACCACCACCCUUCACUGUCACUACAGAGCAAAGGCGCUACAGACUCGGAGAGGAUGUCAAAGUUGAGCUACAGGGUCCGGCCUCCACACCGUUCACUGGUUUCCUGUUGGAGGCUAUAGAAGUGGGAAGCGAGACUCCUGUGGGUUCCUUUGCCAUACCAGCAGGGGCUGCUAAACUCCUCACCUGCAGCCAAAGACCUAACUCAGCUGUGUCCCACACAUCAGGCUUUAAUAGCAGCUACAUUCAGGUGACAUGGAGAUUAGAACCAUCCAGAGACAUCAAAACUGUUCAGUUCCGUGCAUCCUUUGUGCAGAAUUCUACAACAUUUUGGGUUAAUGUGACGAGCCCUGUCCUGACCUUCACUAAUGGCAGAGCUGCCAGAUCUGCAGGUUCCCUCACUGGGAAUGGCAGUACAGACCCUGCACCACUUGUUAAAUCAGCUAGAUCCAUCUCUAGUGCUAACUGUGGUGUCACCAAGGUGUGCUUCAGUCACCCUGCAAGCUGUGACCCAGCAGUCAGUUCUAGCUGUUAUUUCAUGUCGGCCAUGAUGUCAUCCAAUGGUACAGCUGUCCAGUAUGAGAUGACCGGUCCUUAUGAAGGAUACAUCGCUUUUGGAUUCUCUGAUGAUCAGAGAAUGGGAAAUGAUGACAUUUACGUUUGUGUAACAGACAGUAGUGGACAAGCUGUUGUGCAACACAUGUAUUCAACGGGACGCACAACUCCACAAGCGCGUCCUCUGGGGAAUGUUUAUAAUGUAACAACGUCAUUGCAGAACAAUGUUAUCAGUUGUUCCUUCACUACUACAGACAUCAUUUCUAUUCAGGGGACUUCAGGUUUCAGCCAGUCCUACUACUUCAUGUUUGUCCAUGGACGCAGCAGCAAUGGGCAAAUCCAAAAACAUAGCGCUGACUUUGUCAGCACUACCAAGAUGGACAUUUCUACUCCUGUGGUUGUCAGUAAUAGUGGAUUUCCUGAUAUCAUCAAAGCUCAUGGAUCACUGAUGCUGAUUGCCUGGAUGACCACAGGAUCACUGGGAAUGAUGGUUGCCCGAUAUCUGAAAAAAAUGGCCAAGGGAACGAGAAUGUGUGACAAAGAUCUCUGGUUUGUGGUCCAUGUUGGAGUAAUGUGUAUGACGGUAGCAGCCACAAUCAUUGCUUUCAUCCUCGUUUUCUCUCAUGCUCGGGACUGGUCUGGGGGAGCACAUCCAGUGUUGGGUUGCCUGGUUAUGAUCCUCUCCUUCUUCCAGCCUAUAGUGGCUAUGCUGCGCUGUGGACCACAGCAUCACCUGCGGUAUCUAUUCAACACAUCACAUUUUUUGAAUGCAGUGAUAAUAAAAUCUUUAGCCGUGGCAGCCAUAUUUACAGGCCUGGGCUUGAUUGACAGCAGUGAUGGAUGGCUAAUGAAAGUGAUGGGUGGCUUUCUUGCCUGGGAAGCUCUCUUUUACAUCAUGUUGGAGAUUCAUAAUGGGAGAAAUAAGCAUGCAGAUAGUGCUACUGUAGAACUGGAAUCAGAAUUGGUAAAAAUUGAUGGUCUGCUGAUCGGUCUGUUCUUUCUGGGAAACAUUUGCUUUUUGGUGGCACUUUUGGUUGGAAUUGGGGAGAGAUAAGAGCACCAAAAGAAUUGUCUGAAGAAUUUUCUUUUUUUUUUAAUCCAAAUAUACCUGAUGGGAGACUGUGCACUGAAAAUUUGGACCCACUGAGAUUGUUUUCUCUCUCAGUAAGCUCUUUCUUUCUUUCUUAAACUCUCUUAAGCUUUCAGUUUCAUAGCUAAACUUAAUUUCAAUUACUAAAGUAAAUUGGCAAUCAGCAUUUAACCAGACUUUAUUAGGUCAGAACUGAUUGUCUAUUAUAUAGUGCAAUAAUGUUUUUCCAUGAACAUUAUAGAAUUUUUAGUUCUUGAUAUUUAGGAAUCCUAGUUCCUGUUUAGUGUUUAGAGACCUUAUUCCUGUCAUCCAAUGUUUUCUUGUAUCGUGUUGUUGAGUCUUUGUCUUUGUAUUCCUGUUAUGUUGUUUCCUGUUUUAUUUUGUGAGAUCUUACUUCUUGUGCUUUGUCCUUGGUAAGCUUAAGGUAUGCUUCAUACACCCAUGUGUUUCCAAUGCAUGCAUAGUCUUAGAUUCCCAACAAAGGUUUGUUUGAAAAUCAAAAUAACAUCAAAAUAAAAUCGAAAAAGACCAACAUAUUGCAAGAAAAAGAAUAAAAUGGGUGGAGGACAAAGAGCAUGACAAAAAAAGAUUUUUUUACCAUUCGUAGAAUAUCAAUUGUAAGUGAUGGCAGUCAGUAAUGAAUUUCAUUUUUAAUGAAAGAUGAAAUGAAAGCUGACAUAUUUUUAAAUUUAAAGAUUAAAGCUUACACCUUUA